GUUAGAAUGUGUGACAUGAUGUUAGCCUCAACCAACCCAAACCAAACCAGUCAUCUCCGCAACGCUGAAACAUAAACGAAAAGCGUUUUUGUCCGAGCUGAAACUGUUAAUCGCGGAUCAAUAACGGGAGUUGACAUCCUCGGGGGAAAGAAGUAGAAGGGGGAGAAGAAGAAGAAACAACUCGGGGUCACGUGACUUGGUCGAGCAUCUUUUUUGGUCCAUUUUGGAUGAUAGCAAGACCUCCGUGGAGCCACAAGAAAAUGACCAAACUGCAGUUUUUAAACGUCUUUUUGACUGAGCGUCUCAUGCUUGCUGCGCAGGAGAUCUACAAAUCUGUAGAGGAUACGAUUUUGGAGUAUCAGGAGGAGAUAGCGAUCCGGGAGCGGGAGAACGACCAUCUGAGACGCAGGCUGCGAGACGCUGGAAUUGAAAUAUGGCCAGAUCGUCCGUCCAUGGCGCUGUUGGAUGAGGAGGAUGGCGAGCAUCCACGGCGUGAGUGGAGUCCUAGCAUGGGGCAUGAAGAGCGUAUCCCUAUUCAGAUUAAGGAUAAAAGAGAUCUUCGGGCCAACCAGGGAGAUGAUCAGCUUCGUGGUCAUGGCUCUUGCAGCACACCAGAGAACAUGUUCACUCCCCCACGUGUUGCAAAUGAAUAUCCCCAGGAAGGCCCUCACACAUCCAACAUCCCUCAGAGUCAAGGUGUGGAGAACAGGGAGAGGGACCCUGGAUCUCGAGGCCCCUCCAGGCAUGUGAAGGUAGAGAGUGGAGGAGGCCACAGAGGUUCCACUUCCUCCAACAGUAGCGCUCAGCCCCUCGCACCAGUCAAUCCAAAUUGCUCGAAUGAGAACAACAUUGACAUUAUUGGGGUGGAGAAUGGAGGACAGAUGGUUGGUGCUAAGGGAACUGGAACUGGAGCUAACCGAGGACAGGCCUCUCACAUGCGCAACCAAGGAGCCAAUGCUGUGGACUGCCCCCAUCAAAAAUCCCCCCUGCAAGGCCACAUGUCAUCAUUUUGCUGCAAGGUUUGUGGUGAGGCGUUCAGUCACAUUGGCCACCUGCACGUGCACGUACAGGUGCACACACGAGAAAAACCUUACCGCUGUGGAGUAUGCGGGAAAUGCUGCAGCUCCUCUGGCAGACUCCAGGAGCACCAGCGUAGCCACACGGGAGAAAAACCAUUCCGCUGCCAGAUUUGUGGGAAGGGCUUCACACAGAUGGCUCACCUGAAGGUACACAUGAGAAUCCAUACUGGAGAGAAGCCAUACAGUUGCCCCGUGUGUGGCAAAUGCUUCAGCCGUUCCGACAAAAUCAAAAGGCAUCUCCAGACCCACAGCCGUGAGGGAACAUAUUUCUCAGGGCAAUGAUGCAAGUGUGUCGUGAACCUAGUUGUGAAUCAUAUUGAUGUGAGGAACUUUCCUUCAAAAAAGCUAAAGUUGCUGCCAUUAGGACAAGGCUUUUUUUUUCUACUCUUCAGGAACUAGGGAAUCUGCAACUCUUAGAGAAAGUUUCUUAUCUAACCUAAUACUUCUCAACACCAUAGUCCCUCAGUAGAAUUUGUAUUAGCCAAUUUAGUAUGUCAUUUACUUAAUUUUGUAUUUCUCACAAAGUAUAAAAACCCUAAGACACAAUUUUUGGUUAUUUGCUAGUCUUUCUGAAUUAUCGAGCCUUCCUUAGUCAUAUAAUUUGCAUGAUGAAGUCUUCCACACAUGCCUUGAAACUGAGAUGCAUUAAGAAAUGCAACAAUGUUCAGCACGGUUGCUGCUAAUUAACAACCCAGUCACCCCGUAUCUGUAAGUUCACACUUGAGUUUAAAAUCUGCAGACCUGACAUCUUGUAAUCAUUAUUUUACUUCUUAAAUUUAGAGUCAGUGUCUGCAUGAAUUGAGCUACGUUUUCUAAGUUAACUAGAGAAUUGAUGGCCUGAUAAAUGAAGCCUGUGUGUCAUCUGGUUUAUUAGCACUGCCAGUUUUUUUUGUGUAGCAGUUUAAAUAAAAAAUGACACAAGGUUUAGGCAAAAAAAGGCUACUCAAAAGCCCCCGUAAACUGUGGACUUUACCGACUCGUCUGAUCUGGCACUUAAUCCCAUUUUAGUGUUUAUUUUAACUUCCUUUUUCUUUUUGCUGUUACAUUGUUGCAGAGCUAAAUACUGCCAUCUCACAUCGUCGUGCUUCAUGUUGUCCACUGAAACAUGGACAAGUUUACUGUGAGACUGCUCCACUAUUUUGUGAAAUAAUGUGAUAUUCUGUAAAAUGCCACUAGUCUCCAUCUACCAUGCGUUUAGAAUUUUUUUUGAUGGCUUUUUUCUUUUUGUAUGACAUGCACUAUGGCGUCUGUCUAAGACGAUGCAGAAAUUCAUUCAUUCAUUCAUUAAUAGGGCCAUGCAGUAUUACCUGAACCUUUCUGUCAUUUUUCCGGGGUCUCAGUCUGCCAAAAUUCAUGUUUGCCUGUGUUUCCACCACUGUAGUCCUACAACUGCACAUGUGAGGUAUAUUUGGCGUGGCCUCAGUUGUGGUUGAUUUUCAGAAGUGAUGUUUGCUCCAUGGUAGAAUCACGUACUUCAUCUGACCGUCUUUGACUGACCCCAGAACAGUAGACCCUACAGUUGCAUUUCUCGUCUCAGGACUAAUGCUGCAUUCAUAACAUGAGGGCCUUCCACAAAUACUAAUAUCUGACUUGACAUAGCCGUUACAAAAGUCAGAAACUCAGGGUUUGUGAGUUUUCCCAUGUGAUUUGACCCUGCUCUUUGUAGGAACGAACAUGACGAUAACAAUUCAACACAUAAAAAUAACAAAUUGAAAAAAAGAUGAAAUAGAUCAAAAGUGAGUCUUUCAGAGUCUGCGAAAGUUGCUCUGGAAUGCGCACCACAGUGGGACCUCCAUGUGUGAUGAAUGCAGCAUGAGACAACUAGAGCACGUCCUCCCAGCCGACCAGCAGCCCUUCACUCACAGUCUUCUCUGGGACACCUUUGCUCCCUCUGCACACACACACACACUAUUGUACAGCAUUGUAUCAUUGCGUAUUAAAUGUUAUUUUUUAAUAAAGUAGUAAGUGUGUAUCCAUUGUA